AUGGCUGCUCUCAUCAGCGCGUACUCGUCGUGGCCGGAGUCCUUCGAAUGUUCUCCAGAAGACGGAGAUGGGCCUGAUGGGCACGGAUCGCACAGGACAACCGUGGACAAGGCGCCGGAGCCGCGGAUCCGACGGCCGAUGAACGCGUUCAUGGUCUGGGCCAAAGAUGAGCGCAAACGUCUGGCGGUUCAAAACCCUGACCUGCACAAUGCCGAGCUCAGCAAAAUGUUAGGAAAGUCAUGGAAGGCCCUUACUCCUCCUCAGAAGAGGCCCUAUGUGGAGGAGGCAGAAAGGCUGCGGGUGCAGCACAUGCAGGACUACCCCAACUACAAGUACCGGCCUCGCCGGAAGAAACAGCUAAAACGUAUUUGCAAGAGAGUGGAUCCUGGCUUCCUCCUGAGCGGGCUGGCUCCGGAACACAGCACCCUGCCGGAGCAGCGGGCCCUUUGUCACCCCCUCGACAAAGAUGAGGGCAGCCCCAACAAAAUCAGCGGUGGGUUUUCCGGUCCGAGCACUGUUCUUCCCAGCGUCAGAACCUUCAGAGAACCUGCUGGCUCUAACAGCAGCUUCGACACAUACCCGUACGGCCUGCCAACUCCUCCUGAGAUGUCCCCUUUAGACGCCAUGGACCAUGAGCAUGUGCCCCCCACCUAUUACUCAGCGUCUGGUAGCUCUUCAGUCUCCUGUUCUUCUUCAGCCUCCUGUCCAGACGAACAUCACCAGAAUCAGACACAUAUGGGCAGCCCACCUCCCUACCACACUGACUACACCCAGAGCCAACUCCACUGUGGGGGCACACAUUUGGGUCACAUGCCUCACAUGUCUCAAAUUGGAGGUAGUGGUGGACCAAUCCAUGGGCCUCCCAUUUCUUACUACAGCUCUUCAACUUUUGCCCAAAUUCACCACGGGCUCCAUCAAGGCCACCUGGGUCAGCUGUCCCCCCCACCAGAGACUCAGGGUCACCUGGAGACUUUAGAUCAGCUGAGCCAGGCCGAACUUUUGGGUGAGGUGGACCGCAAUGAGUUCGACCAGUACCUGAACUCCAAUGGGAGCGGCUUCCACCCGGAACAGGGCAGCAGCAUGACUGUAACGGGACACAUCCAGGUAGCAUCAGCUGCACCCCCGUGUUCCAGCAGCAGCAGCAGCAGCAGUACAGAAACCAGCCUCAUCUCUGUGCUCGCAGAUGCAACUGCUGCCUACUACAACAACUACGGCAUUUCGUAAACGCGAUCACAGACUAAACGGACUCUGCAAGAGCAUUCAGUUAACCGAUAUGGGAGGAUUUUGCAAGCCGGUGCUGGAAGGGGCAACAUUUGUUAAUGCAAAACCAUUAAAUGCACCUGACUAUAAUAAGCUGAAACCGUUUCAGAGCAAUAUGAUUUCUGGAGCCACAACAGAACAAAGAAAUAGAUAUGAAGAAAAGGAGAUGGACAUCUCAGGGAAGCAGUUCCAAGUGUCAUGAAAUUUCCAAAAUCUAUAGAACAAAUGUAAAAAACGUGUUUGCCCAAUUGUAAAUGUUACUGUACAGAUGCUCUACGGAAGCUAACCGAAGUCCUUUGAUGUCUUGCAUAAAUGUUAUGCUAUUAUCCCCGCUUUCCAUUCGAAUGUUUGUAUUAUACGUUGUUGCUCUCAUCGGUUUGGGAGUCUUACCUCAAUAGUUGUAAGUGAAUGAGGUUUUAGUUGGCGGUUUGAGUAAACGGUGUUUAAUGAAAAAGAGGAAAGAGCCGUUUAUAAUUCUUCAAUCCAUGUUAAUCAGUCUCUGCACCAGAGUGAAUAAUAAUUGUAACUGUAUGAUGAUUUAGGUUUAUGAAGAAAAUAAUUUAAAAUAAAGGUCAGUUUUUUUUUCUAAGAAUUGUGGUUGCUGCGUAGACAGUAUAAAGAGGAGACUCCGUGUUGCAACAGAUACUUGGCGAUGCCAUUGAAAGCCAAUAGAAAAUUUGAGCACUUAAAAAAAAAAAUCCAUUGAACAGAAUUGUGGCUUGUAAAAAUGCAGAAUUAAAUGGGGGAAAGUCUUUUAGCA